AUCAGUCAUCAUCAUUGAUCGGAGGAAAAAACAUAAGUUCGCGUAGUGGAGAAAGGAACAGAAAAGAUUAUAAAUUCAGUUUUUAUCAAUACAUUCAGUACAAUUCCUCGAAUAAAACCUACCGAGUGCUUCGGAAAGAUAAGCAUCUUUCUUCUAGCGUUCGAAAGUAAACGAAAACUAUUCUCGAGCGGUGGAAAUCGAAAGGGUUCGAGGAACCAAGUAUAAAUUUACCCCAGCAACAACAAACAGGCCGAAGCGAACAAAGAUGUCUAUCAUGGACAGAAUCAGCCAGUCCUUCUGGUUCGAUGGAGUUCCAAGGCGAAAUAUUGUUGCCACCCUGGUGGCGUCAUUUUUGUUCUUCGCCGGAUGGUGGAUCGCCAUUGAUACGGCCGCAGUGCAUCCACACUCAUGGGACUUCUCGUACUACAUCUGUGGCAUCCUGGCCACCAUCAGUUUCUUCAUGGUGAACUCCAUCUCGAAUGACAUGCUCAAUGUCAACGCCGGCUACACGGGUGGCGUUCUGGGCGAAAGCGGCAUCAAGGUGUUCCUGUUCAUCGGAUUUGUGCUCGGGUUCGCGUCCAUCAUCGCCGCCAUCUGGAUCAUGAUUGCCGAGUUCGCCACCAACGGGGACAAAAUCGAGAAGGGUCCCGGUUACGCCCUGCUGGUGCACAACAUCUUCAUCUUCUUCGCGUCGCUGAUCUACAAGUUUGGCCGCCACGGCGAUGAUACGUACGCUGCCGGCAUUUACUAAGACUUCUUUAGGUUUCCUUUCUUUUCUGUUUGAGUAAUUAGUACUUUCUGCUAUUUGCGUGAUUCGCUUUGAGGAAAAGCUUUUUUUUUCAUUUGGUUGCCUCAAUAUAACAAAAAGUAAGCCACUCUAACUAAUCUGGCCUCUUUCAGAUUCAUCUAGAAACUAUUUCAAAUCGUUAUCGUUGCGAAUUGUGCUCGAACAAACUUUUCGAUAUGAUCCAGCUGAUGGGAUCGCUUUUCUACCGGAGUGGCUUUCUUCCAUCGCAAGUCUUCAAGCGCUUAUUGUUUUUACAAAAAUAAGUUCGAACAAAGAAAUUUAUUUCGUCUGUAUUAAAUGAAAAAAGUCUUAAGUUGUUUUUUGUUUAUCAACUAUCAAUAAUCUUGGAAACUAAAGCCGACACGUGAUUGAUUAGAAAUUUUGAGCGAAAGUUUUUUUUUUCUCUGGCAAGGUCUAAAAUAGUACUGUAAUUAUUAAUAACGACCCAUUUUUAUUUUAAAAUAUGUAUACAUUAUGAAGUAAAUAAAAUAUCAUUCGUCAGAUAUUAAUCUCACUGGAAA